CGCCCCCUCCCGCCCUUCUGGAGUCUUCCGCCGCGCGGGCUCGUGACGUCAUCACGGCGCGCCCCUUCAGGCGGCCAUGGCGCUGUUCGCCGUCAGCAGGUACGCUGGAGAGGAGGAGGAUGCGGAGGACGAGGCGCAGGAGGAGCGGGCUCGGGUGCUGCUGGAGAGGCUCCGCGAGCAGGCGAGGGCCCGGCAGCUGAGGCGGCAGCAGGAGCUCGGAGGAGCGGGGCCGGGCCCGGGGGACGAAGCCGCGGAGGGGAAGAGGAGCGCGGAGAGCGCCGCGCAGGGACGGGGCAGGCUGAGGAAGGAGCGCGCGGGCGGCAGCGCGGAGCUGAAGAGGAGGAGAGAUGGAGAGCGGGGCCCUGAGGCAGAUUCUGAAGGAGACACUGAACAACGGGAAGGCAGGAGUAACCUUAAAAAUAAAUCCUCCAAAAGGAAGAAGAGGGAUGAGGAAACUGAGGGGGCUGAAGAAGGGAAGAAAGAGAACGGUGAAGGAGCAGAAGGAAACCAAAGCACAGAGGAGGAGCUACCCUCAGCAGCCUUGGGGGAAGAAGCACAUCCACCACCUUCCAGCUUGGCAGUUCUUGGAGACUAUGACAAAAAGCCUGUGCAGAAGGUCCAGCCCUUCUUACCACAUUGGCUUGCUCAACCCAAGCUAGUGCAAAAACGUAUCAAAGAGAAUCUAAUUCCAAUUAGGGAUGUCCCAGGAAUUCAUCCCAAGCUGCUGAAAAAGCUGCAAAUGAAUGGAAUAGAGUCUUUUUUUCCAGUUCAGGCAGAGGUGAUACCUGCUGUUCUCCAGAGUGCAUCCAAUGGAUAUUUGAUGGGGCAGGGAGGAUACCGCCCCAAAGACAUCUGUGUCUCAGCACCUACUGGCAGUGGUAAAACCCUGUCUUUUGUCAUACCAAUAGUACAGGUUUUACUGGAUCGGGUAGUUUGCCAAGUACGAGCUCUGGUUGUUCUGCCCACUAAGGAAUUGGCACAACAGGUGAGUAAAGUGUUCAACAUUUACACCGAUGGGACAGGUCUGAAGGUUGUAUUGAUUACGGGGCAGAAAUCUUUCGCAAAGGAGCAGGAAAUGCUUGUCCAGAAAAAAGUGACAGGUUACUGCAGCCUUGCUGAUAUUAUUGUGGCUACACCGGGGCGGCUCGCAGAUCACAUUAGCAAGACCGCAGGGUUCAGCCUGACGCAGCUUCGCUUCCUGAUCAUAGAUGAAGCUGACCGUAUGAUUGAUGACAUGCACCAGAACUGGCUGAACCAAGUCGUCAAAGCCGCGUUCCGAGCAGAAAAUGAUGCUGGUUCUAACACACUUUUUCAGAGGACCAAACCAGGGCCUGUAACAGCAGCUAGCUGCUGUUACCCUCAGAUACCCUUACAGAAACUGCUGUUUUCAGCCACGCUGACCCAGGACCCAGAGAAGCUGCAGCAGUUGGGCUUGUUCCAGCCUCGCCUCUUUACUUCCGUCUAUUCUGAGAAAAAAACACUCGGAGAUGGAACAGAGACUGAACGAGACGCUGAAGAGAAGUACACGCUCCCUGAGGGGCUAUCGCAAAGUUAUGUCCCUUGUGACCUGAAUUCCAAGCCUUUGCUCCUCUUGCAUUUCAUGCUGACAAAGAAGUUUACCCGUGUGCUGUGUUUUACCAACUCCAGAGAGGCUUCUCACAGAUUGUUCCUGCUUGUUCAGGCUUUUGGUGGAAUCACUGUGGCUGAAUUUUCUUCUCGGUUGCCUCCAAGUGAGAGACAAAGAACCAUGAAGGAAUUUGAACAAGGAAAGAUACGACUGUUAAUCAGCACGGAUGCCACUGCUCGAGGGAUUGACAUUAAAGGAGUGAAUUGUGUAAUAAACUAUGACACACCUCAGUUCAUCAGGACAUAUGUUCACCGUGUUGGAAGAACAGCUCGUGCAGGAAAAGCAGGCUUAGCUUUCAGCAUGGUCCUCAGAAUCCAGGAGCGCAGGUUUCUGCAGAUGUUGAAGGAUGCCGGCAUUUCAGACAUGAAGCAGCACUUGGUCAAGGGCAAGUUACUAAAGCCAUUGGUGCAGCAGUAUGAGGAGGCUCUGUCUAAACUUGAGAAGACAGUCAAGGUAACUGCAGGAGGGAAGAAGAGCAGAAAACGGGGAAGAAAAUUAAAAAUUCUGAACUACAGUUUAUGGAGUUCAUUGCAAGUCAUGACAAGCACAAGUAUUAGUAUCCUGGGUCCUUCUCUUGAACUGAGACAUCUGUUUUGGUGUGAAGGAAUUGCAUCAUUGAGUGCAUCAUGAUGAAGUACUUGGAAAUAGUGGGGAGGAGAGAAGGAGGGUUUUCUGUUAAAAGAAAGCUGGACGGUAUUUGUGGUAUCCCCUUUCCUAUUCUGGCUUUGUCUUUGUCUCUGAGGCCUGGAUUUUGGCAGCUUCCCAGAGGAAAGCAAACAAAAUGCAGAUUGAGCCUUUUGUCAUUCCAGAGCUUCAAGAUUGUAACUUGGAGCCGUGCAGACCAGAAGUUGGGUACUUCAAGCCAGGAAGGCAUUUCCUGCAGACCUUUACACACCAGUAGGAAAGCUGAGAGCUUUCAGAGAGAAGCAGGGUAGCAUUUGACUUGCCGGAAUGGUGGACAGGGGAUCCAUAACAGAUACUUUUGUGCUGUAUGAUUUGAGCCAAGUGUUCUGCUCUUUUCUUUGAGGACUCUUGAUAAAACCUUUGUCCUUGAAUAAUUAUGAUUUUGAAUUUCAGAUUAGGAAUGUUAGAGAACUGGGGCAGGGCAGAAAAGAUCGUGAUACUGUUACGUUGCUGCCCAAAGUCCCUUCUGCAUGGCCUUGGGGCAGGAGCGUUGCCAGUCACCUUCUCAACUUUAAUUUUGAACAGGGCGAGCGAGCACAGAAACGAGUCUGAGUGAACGCAAGCAGAGGAGGUGGUGUUUCGUGGCACUGAAGAUACCCAGCACAGUAACAAGGAGAUGUGGUUCCUGAGCUCAGUGGUCGUCUCCUCAAGCCUUAUCUUGUCCCAAGUCAGCUGUUAACGGCCUCAGUCCCAUUUCAAGGGUGCAGGAAACAGGGUUAAUUUACUGGUUUUUGAGAAGUAAAUGCGAUUGUUUGGAAGAGGAUUUUGCAUCAUUACCCAACUGGCGUAUGGAAAACUACCACCAGCGAACAGGAGAGCCAUGCUCUUGGUCAUGGGCCUGAUGGAGCUGCUGCUCACUAGAGGUGUGGGUUGUGCCUUUCUUGCCUCUGAAAUGGGACAGCUCAGUUCUGCCACAUUGUACAAGGAGCUCUAUCCUCAUGGAAGCAUAAAAAUGUAUGCAAUGCAUUGCCUGGAGCAGGAUGCCAUUCAAAGAACCGUUCUAGGUUGAAUGAACUGCAACUUUUAAAUAAAUAGACACUGUAUUUUGAAAAGAUUUUAUAGAUACUAUUUUAAAGUUUCCAGAGUACA